UGUCCCAAAAAAUAAGGUCCUAGGAGUGGGGUCGCAGAAGUGCAGGUCCUUGGAAUUGCGUCCUCCAGUUAUUGGGUUAUGUUUUGAAUGCUGCGCAGAUUCAGCGCACAUACUCAACUCAUGAAUCAAUAUUAGAUAUAGUCGAUUUACGCAGGAAUUCGACUGCGCAUUUCUGAAUUAUUUCAACACAACCGUCACUAAGCAACAGGUAAAGGCCCAAGAAACACAAUAUGGGCAGACACAUGAAACCUGUGAGACUGACCUUUCAUCACAGUUUCGUAGUUAGCUACGGUCUUUUGUUGUUCUUCCUUCUGUCCAUCUCUGUGAAUGGACAAAAACCAGGACCAUCUUUCAUGGUGACAUUUCCAGCUGUGAUCCAGUCUGGAUCUGAAGCCAAACUGUGUGCAAGUCUCCUGAAGCCCAAUGAAAGUCUCAUAAUGAACGUUUAUGUAGUGAAUGAUUUGGAGAACACAUUACUGCUGCAGGAGAAAACCGACCAAGAGUUUCACCGAUGCUUUAACUUCCAGGCUCCACUAGUAGUAGGAGACUCAGUCCAGAAAAUAAAGGUGGAAGUUAAGGGGGAGUCUUUCCAAAUGACUGAAGAGAGAAAAGUGAUGUUUAGACACUACAAUCCUCUGACCUUUAUUCAGACUGAUAAACCCAUCUAUAAUCCAGGACAAACAGUACAUUUCAGAGUUGUUACCAUGGAUAAAAAUUUCAUACCCCUUGAACUACAGUACAGUACAGUGGUGCUUGAGGACAGUCAGAGGAACAGAAUCGGUCAAUGGACAAAUAUUUCCUCAACACGCUGGAUAUUACAGCGUUCUUAUGAUUUAAAUCCAGAAGCUCGUGAAGGCACAUACACACUGAAGGCUUACAUUGGUGAAAGAGAGACUACAUUUUAUUUUUCAGUGAAAAAAUAUGUUUUGCCCAAGUUUGAAGUGACUGUAAAAGCACCAGAGACAGUGAGUGUUGCUGAUGAGAAAAUGACAAUAAGAGUUUGUGGACAGUACACAUAUGGAAAGCCUGUCGCUGGUAAAUCGUGGAUAGAAGUGUGUCGACAUCCUUCACCUUACAUCUACAACAGUAACAUCAUUUCAGUGUGUUUCAAUGACAUCACAGAGAUGAAAGAAACAGGCUGUGCCGUCCAUUCCUUUAAUGUAUCUGCCUUUACACUAAACAAUCAACUACAAAAUUCUCUUCAUGUUGAUGUGAAAGUAACAGAAGAAGGAACAGGGACCAUCAUGACAAAAUCUGAAUCUAUACUUCUCACUUAUGAAAUUGGCAAAGUCGCAAUUACUGACCUGCCCACAACGUACAAACAUGGAUCAGUUAUAGACGGAAAAAUCAAAUGUACAGAUUUCAAAGAAUCACCAGUUCCUAACAAAGACGUGUAUCUUUUUGUAAGGGAAAACUGGUCCCCAAAACUGCUGUUCAAUCUCACUACAGACAGUGAUGGACUGGCUGCUUUCUUACUAAACACAUCAACUCUGCCUGAAACAGAUAUUACUCUGAUUGCAAGUGCACAUCCAAAUUCUUAUUAUGACUAUGGCAAGCCUCACUUCUCUAGGGAUGAAAAAAUAGUUUUGCCCUUUCGGACGGUCACUCCAUAUACACCAACAUUAAGUGAACUGACUAUAGAACAUCAUAAUGAACCUUUAAAGUGUGAUUCUGAGUUUCCAGUCACCAUUAAGUAUUAUUUCAUUGGUGAAUCUAUUGAUGAUUUCAGCACUGACAUUGUCUAUAUGGUUUUGUCCAGAGGAGUGAUAGUUCAUCAUGGCUAUGAGAAGGUUAACGUGCAGACUUCUAAUGGAGCAGCGAAUGGCUCAGUGUCAUUCAAACUAUCUGUUGGAGCAGAUCUGAGUCCAGCUGUACAGAUUCUAGCGUACUGUCUGCUGCCCAGUCACAAGGUAGUCGCUGCCAGUAAAACUUUCAACACUGAAAAGUGCUUCAAUAACAAGGUGUCUGUGCAGUUUUCUCCUGCUUCAGCAGUUCCAGGUGAAGAAAACACUGUACAGGUGUCAGCUCAGCCUGGUUCACUGUGUGCUCUUAGUGCUGUAGAUCAAAGUGUCCUCAUCAUGAAACCAGGAAAACGUCUGAAUACAGAAAAGGUCUUCAGUCUGCUGCCUGUGCAGUCAGUAUCAGAUUAUCCUUAUCAAAUUGAGGACACAGAGUUUAAAUGUCUUAAAGUUAGGCCCCGUAGAGCUGCACCAGCAGAAAAUGCUUAUGAAAGUCUGAAGAAAGUGGGAUUAAAGAUGGCAACAAAUCGUUUUGUGAGACAUCCUCAUUGCCUAAUCUACCAAGGCAUGCAAUAUCACCAACGCUCUAUAUUUGUGUAUUCAGACAUGAAUGGCGUGGCAUUCUCAAGAGGAAUGGGAGGAUCACCACUUGCACAUGAUAACACCCUACCACCACCACCACCUCCUGUGGAGACAGUUCGGACCUUCUUCCCAGAAACAUGGAUCUGGCAACUCAGUGAAGUAGGGGACUCAGGAUCAACACAGGUUCCUGUGAAGGUUCCUGACACCAUCACCACCUGGGAGACGGAGGUCUUCUGUCUGUCCUCUGAAGGUCUGGGUCUGGCUCCUCCUGCUCAGCUGACAGUUUUCCAGCCCUUCUUCCUGGAGCUCUCUCUGCCUUACUCCAUCAUCCGUGGAGAGAUCUUUGAGCUGAAGGCCACCGUCUUCAACUAUCUGUCCAAGUGCAUCAUGGUUACAGUAACUCCAGCUCCGUCCUCAGACUUCACUCUUAAAGCCUCCUCUGAUGAUCAGUAUUCAUCCUGUCUAUGUGCUAAUGGAAGAAAAACAUUUAAAUGGAUUCUCACUCCUUCUGUUCUUGGAGUGUUGAAUAUUACAGUGAGUGCAGAGGCAGAGCAGUCACAGACUGUGUGUGACAAUGAGAUUGUGAGCGUGCCGGAGAGAGGACGCAUUGACAUAGUUACUCGAAGUCUCCUUGUACAGGCUGAAGGAACUGAAAAGACAGAAACUCACAGCUGGUUACUCUGUCCAAAGGACAACAGUCUGUCAGAAGAGCUUGAUCUGACUCUUCCUAAAGAUGUGAUAGAGGGAUCAGCCAGAUCUUCUGUUUCAGUCAUUGGAGACAUAUUGGGUCGUGCGCUGCAGAAUCUUCAUGGAUUAUUACGGAUGCCGUACGGCUGUGGAGAACAAAACAUUGCUGUUCUUUCUCCCAAUAUUUACAUUUUACAGUAUCUGGAGAACACGGAGCAGCUCACCUCAAACAUCAGAGAGAAAGCAACAGGCUUCCUGAAGAGUGGUUAUCAGAGACAACUGAACUACAGACAUGACAGUGGUGCAUACAGCACAUUUGGUUAUGGGGAUGAGAACACAUGGUUGACAGCUUUUGUCCUGAGAUCUUUUGGCAAAGCACAGAAAUACAUCUUCAUUGAUCCACAUGUUAUUCAGAGUGCAAAGGAUUGGUUAAUAAGAGGACGGAGUUCAGACGGCUGUUUUAUUCAACAGGGAAGUUUGUUCAACAACAGAAUGAAGGGUGGAGUAAAUGAUAACGUGACCAUGACUGCCUACAUCACUGCAUCACUGCUUGAACUGGAAACUCCAGUGACAGAUCCUGUGCUCACUCAAGGUUUGUCCUGUUUGAGGUCCGUCAUUGGGAAUCUUAAAAACACUUACAGCACUGCGCUGCUUGCCUACACUUUCAGUCUGGCGAGAGACACGGACACCCGACAGCAGCUUUUAAAAGAGCUCGACACUGUUGCCAUUUCAGAUGGAGGUCUCCUGCACUGGACUCAGAUGGGAUCUAGUGAUGAUUCUGGUUCUCUGGCAGUGGAGAUCAGCUCAUAUGUUCUGUUAGCGGUUCUCACAACAGAUUCAGUCACUACAGCUGAUCUGGGAUAUGCUAACAGGAUUGUCAGCUGGCUCGUGAAGCAGCAGAACGCCUAUGGAGGAUUCUCCUCUACACAGGACACAGUUGUGGCUCUUCAGGCUUUGUCUCUGUACGCCACCAAAGUGUUCAGCUCUGAUGGUUCCAGCACAGUGACGGUUCAGUCAGCAGGAGACUCUCACAGCUUUGAUGUGAAUCUGGACAACAAGUUACUGUAUCAGGAGAAGAAACUGAACAACGUUCCAGGCAAAUACAGUAUUGAAGUGAAGGGAUCAACCUGUGUGUCUGUGCAGAUGGCUCUGUUCUACAACAUUCCCACCCCCAGUGAGGAUAAAUCAUUGACUGUUGAAGCUACAUUUGAGGCUGAUUGCAAAAAGUCAUACGGACAACAGCAUAAUUUGAACUUCACUGUGAAAUAUAAUGGUCCACAGGAAAAUACUAACAUGGUCAUUGUGGAUAUUAAACUCUUAUCAGGAUUCACGGCUGUUACGUCAUUGCUUGGCACACCUCAGCUGUUUGUACCUCUUGUGGAGAGGGUCGAUUCUAAAGAUGAUCAUGUCAUUGUUUAUUUGAAGGCGGUUCCAAAAAAUAUUCCCAUGAAUUAUCAGAUACAAUUAAAGAAGGUUCUUCCAGUGAAAAAUCUCAAGCCAGCUGUCAUUAAAGUCUAUGAUUACUACCAAACAAGUGAUCAGUCUGAGAGUGAGUACUCUUUUCCCUGUGAAUAAACUUCAGUACUGCAGUUUGGAUAAAGUUCUAAAUGAAUACAUACAUGUUUUUCAUUGUAACCUUAUAUGUUCAGUUACUUUGCUCUUUAUUCUUGGCAAUUAAAAAAAUAAAGAUUUGCUGUUU